CCUUUCAGCAAAACACAUCCGCCAUGGUUGACAUCACCCUUGCUUGCUAAGCCAAAAGGCAGCGCCACAAGCUAAAGAAGAAGAAGAAGAAGAAGAAGAAAGAGAAGAAGACUGGGAUCGCGUGCGGCUGAUCGCGAGCAUGUCGUCCGCCACCGCCGCCGUCCACGCCCAGACGUUCUGGUGCCACGAAUGCGAUAUGAGCGUUUCUCUCAUCCCUUCUUCUUCCCCUCCUCGCUGCCCUCACUGCCGUGGUGACUUCCUUGAAUCCAUGGAAGACCUCUCCCUAUCCCUCGCCCUCCCCCUCCCCUUCUCUGCCUCCAACUCGGACUCCGACGACCUUGACCUCGACUUCCACUUCGCCGUCGACCAAGACCCGUCCCCUUCCCCCUCGCCUCCUCGCCGCGUCUGCGGUCCCUCCCCCGCCCCUCGAUCCGCCAUCGACGCCAUCCCCACCGUCGAGAUCUCGGAAUCCUCUCUCAUCUGCGCCGUCUGUAAAGAUGAUCUCCCCCUCCGCUCCUCCGCCCGCCGCCUCCCUUGCUCCCACCUCUAUCACUCUGAUUGCAUCGUCCCCUGGCUUUCUCUCCACGACUCCUGCCCCCUCUGCCGCUCCCCUCUUGAACCCUCCGCUCCCCGUGGCCUCUCGUCUUCGUCGGUUAGAUCUGAUGAUAAUCUUAUCAACAUGCUGCGCAGCCUUAAUCGCCGGAGGAGAAGGAGGGUCGUCGGCGUGGAGUCGUCGACGAGGAUGGCUAGGGUUGAGGUUGGGUCUACGGGGAUGGAGAACAGCGGUGAAACGGUGUCCUCCCGAUGGUUGGAGGAUGAUGGCGACAUUGUGAUCUCUGAGAUCAGAGAGGGCUUGUUGGAUUGAAUCUCUUGGUGCUUGCUGGAUUCGAUCUUCUUGGUAGGGGUUCUUGCUCUUCUGCGUUUCAGUUUGUGUUCUUGCAGAUAAUGUACAGUACCUGUCGGUCGAUGCCAAUUUGCGCCUGGGAAAAGAACAAAUCUAGACUUUUUUUGUUUUUUUGUUUUUUUUAAAAAAAAAAUCUGUUUUCAAGGAUGCAAAUCUGCAUCUGAAUUUUCCUGAUUGAAGGUUGUAUAUCCAGAUUUUGUCCAAUGGUUUUCUUA